AUGACACUUCCAGAGGGACUUCGCUACUACAUUCUUCGCGACAAUGUCGCGGUCCCACUUGCUCCGAUCGACCAGUUACCCUUCCAACUCCAAGAUCUCCCGCGCCAACUGACACCUUGUCAAGCUAGCGAUGCUGGCUGGAAACUUGUUGGAAAGACUCAAGUGCGUUCGUCAAUGCUCGCGAUCCAGGCCCCUGCUGCCUUUUUCAGCCAGCCAGUGCCGCCAACAAAGACUACAUAUCUCGCACCCGACCAUGAAGUCCGUGAAAACCCACUCUUCUCAGCACAAGAACUUUGGCCUCUGCGAAAGGUUCCAUCUAAAUCAGUAGUUCAUCCAAAACAAACCAGUCUUCCUCCGACAAACCUGUCUUCCCCGGCACGCACAGCAUUCGUGACCGACGUGAUCGAACCUGUCUGCUCGAGAAAUACACAGCGUCCAAAUCAUUGCACCCUUACACCAUCUCACACUCAGCCUGCCUCAAGAAUGAAGGAGUAUUGCGAUUUCUGGAUGAGAACGGGUGAAUGUAACUACGCAGAUUUCACGAAGUCGAGGGAGGGGAAAGGAUGCAUAUACAAGCAUGAGAUGCCUUCCGAUCGCAACAAACUUCGCGAGCUAGGAUUCCCCCAUGGUGUUCCGAGAUGGUACAAAGAGAAGACUGCCAUCGCUGCUGCCGGCGGCUUGAAUUGGUCGAGAGGCACGGUUCAGGACAGCCAUGACCGAAAGCUCUCAGAAGAACCCCGAGCCUCACGAGCCUUCAGCCCUCCAAAAUUCAUCAACAUUCGCAAUGAAGAGAUGUCGAAAUCGAUGACCGUCGAUCCACAAAAAGCACCUGUUGAAGUUGGAGACCUUAUUUCUUUCGAUGACUCACCUGCUGCAACAACCGCAUCAAGUCCUCAGGCAUUAACCAGCUCUUGCUCAGGCAGCACUUCUGAUGACACCGAGGUCCUUGUCUUCCCGCCGUCGAAACUACUCCUUCAGACCAUGGCUUCCACAUUUCGCGAACAUGUAAUGCAGAUUCCAGAUAAGGCCUCCGAAGACAUGAGUGGAAACCAGCCAGUGAGUGACUCUUCCUUGGCGUCUGACAAUAAGAGCCACGCAAAGCUCUUCACGUCACACCCAAAGCAUAGAUCGCGUCAGCGCAAGCCUGUUGAACAUCCUGCCAACUCUGGUUCCCAAAAUGGCCUAGCCAGAUCCAAGCAUGCCACCAGCAGCAAUUCCAAGAAGGCCGAAAAUCUGAGCAAGGGUGGCAAGCGCCGCGGCAACGGCAUAGAUCCGCAGACUACGAUUACGCAGCGCCAAAGUGCGCUCCACGAGAAAGAUAAGCAGUAG